CGGCCGAAGCAGAAGUGGCAGCGGCCGCGGUGGAGGGCGUGCGCGGCAGGGAGUGCCCGGAGCCGGGACCCGCGGCGGGGCACGGCCAGCCUCCUACUUCCCUCACUGCUUCCUUCUCCCUGGAGGGGCCGACAAUGAGCACCAUGGUCAACGUGGACGCCCUUCCAGAAUAUGAGAAGAGUCAGAUCAAGAGGGCCCUGGAGCUGGGCACGGUGAUGACCGUGUUCAGCUUCCGGAAGUCCACCCCGGAGCGGCGGACCGUCCAGGUGAUCAUGGAGACGCGGCAGGUGGCCUGGAGCAAGACGGCCGACAAGAUCGAGGGUUUCUUGGAUAUCAUGGAAAUAAAGGAAAUCCGCCCAGGGAAGAACUCCAAGGAUUUUGAGCGUGCAAAAGCAGUCCGUCAGAAGGAAGACUGCUGCUUUACCAUCUUGUACGGCACCCAGUUUGUCCUCAGCACACUCAGCUUAGCAGCUGACUCUAGAGAAGAUGCAACAAAGUGGCUCUCGGGCUUGAAAAUCUUACACCAAGAAGCGAUGAACGCAUCCACGCCCACCAUCAUUGAGAGUUGGCUGAGAAAGCAGAUCUAUUCUGUGGAUCAAACCAGAAGAAACAGCAUCAGCCUCAGAGAGUUGAAGACCAUCUUGCCCCUGGUCAAUUUCAAAGUGGGCAGUGCCAAGUUCCUCAAGGAUAAGUUUGUGGAAAUAGGCGCGCACAAAGAUGAACUCAGCUUUGAACAGUUCCAUCUCUUCUAUAAAAAACUUAUGUUUGAACAGCAAAAGUCGAUUCUUGACGAAUUCAAAAAGGAUUCCUCUGUGUUCAUCUUGGGCAACACCGACCGGCCGGAUGCCUCUGCUGUUCACCUGCACGACUUCCAGCGGUUUCUCUUACAUGAACAGCAGGAGCAUUGGGCUCAGGAUCUGAACAAAGUCCGUGAGCGGAUGACAAAGUUUAUUGACGACACGAUGAGGGAAACUGCUGAGCCCUUCUUGUUUGUUGAUGAGUUCCUCACGUAUCUGUUUUCACGGGAGAACAGCAUCUGGGAUGAGAAGUAUGACGUGGUGGACAUGCAGGACAUGAACAACCCCUUGUCUCAUUACUGGAUCUCCUCGUCCCAUAACACGUACCUCACAGGGGAUCAGCUGCGGAGUGAGUCGUCCACGGAGGCGUACAUCCGCUGUCUGCGCAUGGGCUGUCGCUGCAUUGAGUUGGACUGCUGGGACGGGCCCGAUGGGAAGCCCAUCAUCUACCACGGCUGGACACGGACCACCAAGAUCAAGUUUGAUGAUGUUGUGCAGGCCAUCAAAGACCAUGCCUUUGUUACCUCGAGCUUCCCCGUGAUCCUGUCCAUCGAGGAGCACUGUGGCGUGGAGCAGCAGCGCCACAUAGCCAGGGUGUUCAAGGAGGUGUUUGGGGACCUGCUGCUGAUGAGGCCCACGGAGGCCAGUGCUGACCAGCUGCCCUCGCCCAGCCAGCUGCGGGAGAAGAUCAUCAUCAAGCAUAAGAAGCUGGGCCCCCGAGGCGACGUGGAUGUCAACAUGGAGGACAAGAAAGAUGAACACAAGCAACAGGGUGAACUGUACAUGUGGGAUUCCAUUGACCAGAAAUGGACUCGGCACUACUGCGCCAUCGCCGACGCCAAGCUGUCCUUCAGCGACGACAUUGAACAGACUGGGGAAGAGGAGCCGCCCCAGGAUACGCCCCCGACAGAGCUGCAUUUUGGGGAGAAGUGGUUCCACAAGAAGGUGGAGAAGAGAGUCAGUGCCGAGAAGCUGCUGCAGGAAUACUGCGCUGAGACUGGGGGCAAAGAUGGGACCUUCUUGGUGCGGGAGAGCGAGUCCUUCCCCAACGACUACACGCUGUCCUUCUGGCGGUCAGGCCGCGUCCAGCACUGCCGGAUCCGCUCCACCAUGGAGGGCGGGACCAUGAAGUACUACCUGACUGACAACCUCAUGUUCACCAGCAUCUACGCCCUCAUCCAGCAUUACCGCGAGUCCUACCUGCGCUGUGCCGAGUUCGAGCUUCGGCUCACCGACCCCGUGCCCAACCCCAACCCCCACGAGGCAAAGCCGUGGUACUACGACGGGCUGAGCCGCGGAGAAGCGGAGGACAUGCUGAUGAGGGUUCCCCGGGACGGGGCCUUCCUGAUCCGGAAGCGGGAAGGUACCGACUCCUACGCCAUCACCUUCAGGGCCAGGGGCAAAGUGAAGCACUGCCGCAUCAACCGGGACGGCCGGCACUUUGUGCUGGGGACCUCCGCCUACUUUGAGAGCCUCGUGGAGCUCGUCAGUUAUUACGAGAAGCACGCGCUCUACCGCAAGAUGAGACUGCGCUACCCCGUGACCCCCGAGCUCCUGGAGCGCUACAACAUGGAACGAGAUAUAAGCUCCCUCUAUGACGUCAGCAGAAUGUAUGUGGACCCCAGUGAGAUCAAUCCUUCCAUGCCUCAGAGAACCGUGAAAGCUCUGUAUGACUACAAAGCCAAGCGGAGUGAUGAGCUGACCUUCUGCCGCGGCGCCCUCAUCCACAACGUCUCCAAGGAGCCCGGGGGCUGGUGGAAAGGAGACUAUGGAACCCGAAUCCAGCAGUACUUCCCGUCGAAUUACGUGGAGGACAUUUCAACAGCGGACGUGGAGGAGCUAGAAAAGCAGAUUAUUGAAGACAAUCCCUUAGGGUCUCUUUGCAGAGGAAUAUUGGAUCUCAACACCUAUAACGUUGUGAAAGCCCCACAGGGCAAAAACCAGAAGCCUUUCGUCUUUAUCCUGGAGCCCAAGAAACAGGGCGAUCCUCCGGUAGAGUUUGCCACGGACAGAGUGGAGGAGCUUUUCGAGUGGUUUCAGAGCAUCCGCGAGAUCACCUGGAAGAUCGACACCAAGGAGAACAACAUGAAGUACUGGGAGAAGAACCAGUCGAUUGCCAUUGAGCUCUCGGACCUGGUCGUCUACUGCAGGCCAACCAGCAAGACCAAGGACAAUUUAGAAAACCCCGACUUCCGAGAAAUCCGCUCCUUUGUGGAGACGAAGGCUGACAGUGUCGUCAGACAGAAACCCGUCGAUCUCCUGAAGUACAAUCAGAAGGGCCUGACCCGCAUUUACCCGAAGGGACAGCGGGUUGACUCCUCCAACUACGACCCCUUCCGCUUCUGGCUGUGUGGCUCCCAGAUGGCGGCACUCAAUUUCCAGACUGCAGAUAAGUACAUGCAGAUGAACCAUGCCUUGUUUUCACUCAAUGGGCGGACGGGCUACGUCCUACAGCCCGAGAUCAUGAGGACGGAGAAGUACGACCCCAUGCCGCCUGAGUCCCAGAGGAAGAUCCUGAUGACUCUGACGGUCAAGGUUCUUGGGGCUCGCCAUCUCCCCAAACUUGGACGAAGUAUUGCGUGUCCCUUUGUGGAGGUGGAAAUAUGUGGAGCUGAAUAUGACAACAGCAAGUUUAAGACAACGGUUGUGAAUGACAAUGGCCUAAGCCCUGUUUGGGCUCUAACACAGGAGAAGGUGACGUUUGAAAUUUAUGACCCAAACCUCGCGUUUCUGCGCUUUGUGGUUUAUGAGGAAGAUAUGUUCAGUGAUCCCAACUUUCUUGCUCAUGCCACUUACCCAAUUAAAGGAAUCAAAUCAGGAUUUAGAUCUGUUCCUCUGAAGAAUGGGUACAGUGAAGACAUUGAGCUGGCUUCCCUCCUGGUUUUCUGUGAGAUGCGGCCAGUCCUGGAGAGCGAAGAGGAACUCUACUCCUCCUGUCGCCAGCUGCGGAGGCGGCAGGAAGAGCUGAACAACCAGCUCUUUCUGUACGACACACACCAGAACUUGCGCAAUGCUAACCGGGACGCCCUCGUUCGAGAGUUCAACGUCAACGAGAACCAGCUCCAGCUGUACCAGGAGAGGUGCAACCGGAGGUUAAGAGAGAAGAGAGUCAGCAACAGCAAGUUUUACUCAUAGAAGCCGGCGUGCAUGUGUCAUGUGUAAGGGCGUGUGUGUGCGUGUGUUUGUGUGUAGCAGAAUGUGCUGUGUUCAGACCCUGGGAACAUGCUCAUCUGUGAUGUCAUCCUCUCUUCAAGCCUGCCAUCAAGAUGAAAUUUCUAAAGAAGACCCAGUUGGCAUGAGUUGGGGUGACUUCCUACUAAUUUUUUUCAUCUUGGACAGUUUCUUAACUUAUAAUUUUCUAUAGAGGAUCCCAAAAACGUGCUCCUUGUUUUUGGCCUCUCGUGUUCUAAACCUCAUUGAAUAAAAGCAAUGAAAAAUCUC